AUGUCUUUCCUACCACGUCUUUUCAAAUCGCCAGCGGCGAAUUGUAGAGCAUAUUCCUCUUUUUUCUCGUCUAAACCAGGCGGAGGUCGAUACUUCAAUUCUGCUAAACCUCCCAAGCCUGUCAUUUCUUCUGGCAGAGCAAAGGUUGAUAAUGGAAACACCAGCGUCGUAUCCAGUGACGGAACGAGCAGUAGCAGCUCUGGGAAUGGGAGCGGCAAGAUGAAGGUCGGAAGCGCAGAUGAAAAUCCUUCAACUCCAGCCUCGAACGCAGUCGACGCAACACGAAGUAAUCCUUCCUUGCCAUUUACAUCCCCUUCAGCGUUUUCAAGCCAAUUUCAUCACCAAGUUCAUCCCACAAUAUCGUCACAGGAUUUCAAUCUCCACCAAUUUUUCUCGUUGCACCGACCACUUCUGCUCUUAUCUCAGCCGCCAUCUACCAUCUUUGAGUCUGCGCCCCAGGAUGCGCCUCUUUUUCAGUUACCGGAAGAGAUGCCAAAGACUCAAUUGCAGUCGGCGCAAUUUCCUACCCUCGACGAGCCGCCAGAAUCCUCGUUCGAGACCGAUGCUGAUGCCGCGAGGCAGCUAGGUCAUGCACUGGUCAUGAACCGCGUGGGUGGAAUAGUGUCCUGGCAAAACACCUUGGCAAAACUUGGUUUGGGUGGGGAGACUGCAGAAGAUAGCGCGGUUAACGCGAAAGAGUCUGCACAGGAGUGGGUCACUAUCUACGCUGAUAGCACAAAGCGUAAGAAGCGAAAGAAGAUGAAGAAGCACAAGUAUGUUUCAUAUUCCAAUGUGAUGGGAUGA